UUACCAAUAUUUAUUUUCGCAGCUUGUCAAACAUCUUUUUAUUUAUUUAUUUAUUUUGUAUUAUUAUUAGUGUUGUUAUUUAUUGUAGACCAUGCUGCAACACACGAGUAAGAAAUGUUUUACCAUUGAGUCCCUGGUUGGCAAAGAAACCAAUUCCUCGGCAGUGGACGAGCCUGUGAGACCCACGGCUUUAAGAUUCACCGAGUCAGUCCACCCUCCUCCCUUUGGGAGCUGCUUCCAGAGCACCGGCAGGACCCUGUACAGCAGCCCGGAUCUGAUGUUCCCGGAGCCGUGUUCUCACUCCUCGAACCCCGCUCUCUCCCUGCACCCGCUCCAGUUGCCUUCUCAGUCGUUCAUUAACCCACAUCAAAGGGAGGCUUUGAAUUACUAUCCCUGGGUUCUCCGAAACAGAUACUUAGGACACAGAUUCCAAGGUGAGGACAGCAGCCCUGACAGCAUGCUCCUGCAUGGCCCGUUCUCACGCAAGCCCAAGCGCAUUCGCACCGCCUUCUCCCCCUCGCAGCUGCUGCGGCUGGAGCGCGCCUUCGACAAGAACCACUACGUGGUGGGAGCCGAGAGGAAGCAGCUGGCCAAUGGACUGUGCCUCACAGAAACUCAGGUAAAAGUCUGGUUCCAGAACAGAAGGACGAAGCACAAGAGACAGAAGCUGGAAGAAGACUCUCCUGAAUCCCAGCAGAAGUGCAAGGGCAGCCAGCAUGUGAGCCGCUGGAGGGUGGCGACGCGGCAGGGCAGCCCCGAGGAUAUCGACAUCAUAUCAGAGGACUGAAGAAAACACCAGCCCUGUGCACACUGAACCACAAACACACAUCACAGCCUUGUGCAGCAGCUCAGAACCUUUAUUACAAAGUGAACAUUCUACACCACACAAGAAAAGACUUGUGCAAAUACACCACAUAACAAACCAUUUAAAAAGUCUUGCAGAAUUAAUGAAGAAAAGCUGUCCACUUGCAUCGUAACUACAGUGAAGGGGUCUGGUAGGGAGGGUUAAGAACAACUAUUAAAAUAUACUCUGAAAUCUUUUCCAUAAAAGGACUGCAGUUCAGACACUGAAGCCUGAAACAUUUCAAAACUUUGUAUGAAAAAGGAAAUUAUUAUGAAACAAAUGGUCUAUGCAAAUCUGUGUGCAUAUAAUGCACUAUGAGCCUGGUGAUCCCAGGUUCAAAUCCCUGCAGAGUCUCACAGUCUAGGUAGAAGCAACUCAUAAAAAACGCCUAUUGGUUUAAACAGACCCCAUUAAUACUGACUUUUCAGCUGGAUUUUAGUUCUAUUUGCAGCAGUGCCAGGUGUGCUUGUAUGUUUCCAACAAGGUGAACAUCUGAAUGCAGUAAACCCUGCAGGAUGCAAGCUGGUAGGCAAACUAGGUUGUUUCAUACUCGUUUUAUAUAUGGAAUCAUUUGCCCUUACAGAGUUGCUCUACCGUUGCAAUGCAGUGGCAGUGAUGCUAAUCUGCAGUUACUGCAAUGCAAUUGUAACCUAUAUCAUACAUGUCAGUGCCAGCUUUGCACUGGUGCGGGCACAAACCCCCCCCCCCCCAAAAAAAAACAAACGGGUUCCGAAGUUCUUUCUCCUACUUUAAGAAUUCUAGGAUCGGAGCAAAAUCCAGGUUUUGAGGGAAAACAGAAAUAAUUCCUCAGAAGCUUUAUGCCGGGUCAAUGGAUCUCAUUUUCUCUGGUCUCGACCUUAUUUGGGGUUUGAAUCGAAAUUGAGGGAGUAAAGCGAGAGACUGUAAACUAAACUGCCUGUAGCGUUCCUGCAAAACCAUUCCCACCCUGUUUGAAUAAAACACAAGGUUCGUUUUUGCCAUUGUCUUAAACUUAAACUCAAUUUUGUUCAAUCGGAUUCGUUUUUAUUCUAUAGAGGAAGCUUUGGCCUGUGACUCUUUGAUCUGCGCUCACAUUUCCAUUACUAGGGUGUUACCUGUACAAAGUCUUGAGCUGCAAACCAUUACAGGGCUUCGGUGGAGUUCCGUCAUUUCAGGGUUUUACUGCAGUAAAUAUAGUUUAACAUGUGGAAUCAGAAAAAACACUGACCUACACAACAUCACCAACACGCGUGCAGUAAAGGGGGCUAAAACUGCAGAAGUAAUCAAACGAAAAACAACAUUUUUUUUGCAACUUCAGGUGUUUACAGCCAGGCUUUGACUGGAUUUUAAGACUCGUUGUCGUUCUGGGAGAAUAUCACAGUGAUUGCAGCUCAGACGGUUCACGCCGUGAGGACAAUAAAGUUUUGGAAAAACGAAGAAAAAAAAUGUAAAUAAAUGACUGCUGAUUUUG